AUGAGCCAACAAAAAAUUGAAAUAUUUGAAAGUGAGUCAGAAGAGAGAGUGAGGAGAAAGAAAUUGGCAUCUGAUCUUAAUACUAUACAGACGGCCUUGAAAGUUAAAAGUGAGGAAUUGCACAAAUCAAAGUCAGAACUUAUAUCCCUAUAUAAUGAAAUUCAAAGUCUUUCUGGAACAGUGGAAAGCAGAGACCAUUUCUUAAUAGCAUAUGACUUGCUACAAAGAGAGAAUUCUGAUUUAGAAACAAAGGUCUCGAAACUUUUACAAGAAUUUGAACAAUUAAAUCAUUUUACUGUAGGGGAGGAAACUGUGACUGCUAAUUUAAUUUCAAGUGAAAAUAUCUGUAAAGAUCCUGUGUCUAAAGUACCAGUUUUGGAAGUAGAGAUUCAAAGCCCAAAGGAAGAGAGAGAGGAACUCCGUCCUGAAUUAGGAGAGAGUAAGCAGAAGGAAAUUCCAGAGGAGUCGGUAAAGGAGGGCAGUUGUCCAAGAAAGGGGCACAAGAAGGAGGACUCACAGCAGAAUCAAGAUGUGAAAGAUGAAGAACAGCAGUUGACCAUGAGGCCUGAGGAAGUUGUGAGGCUUAGAGAAGAGCUGAACCGUAUAAAUCAGAGUCUCCUUCGGUUUCAGAGCUCUGAGGAUAGUUCAGGUGACAGUAGUGCCCAGUAUCCAGCAUCUGGAGAAAAACUAAAAGACAAGCAGAAAGAAGAAGUUCAACAACUUCGUCAGAAUUUGCACCGGCUCCAGGUUCUGUGCAACUCAGCCGAAAAAGAGCUUCGAUAUGAGCGAGGAAAGAACUUGGACUUAAAGCAACAUAAUAGCUUACUUCAAGAAGAAAGCAUUAAGAUAAAAAUCGAACUAAAGCACGCCCAACAAAAGUUAUUAGACAGUGCAAAGAUGUGCUCUUCACUCACAGCAGAGUGGAAGCACAGUCAGCAGAAAAUCAAGGAACUGGAGCUGGAAGUACUUAAACAGACUCAGAGCAUUAAAUCACAGAACAACCUGCAGGAAAAGCUGGCUCAGGAGAAAUCUAAAGUUGCUGAUGCAGAGGAAAAGAUUUUGGACCUGCAGCAGAAAUUAGAAAAUGUUCAUAAAGUCUGUCUCACAGAUAAUUGUAUUUUGGGGAAGAAACAACUAGAGGAAAAGAUAAAAGAAGCAACAGAAAACGAAGCCAAAAUAAAGCAACAAUAUCAGGAAGAACAACAGAAGAGGGAACUCCUGGAUCAGAACGUAAGUGAGUUACACAGGCAAGUGAGAACCUUACAAGAUAAAGAAAAUCUACUGAAAAUAACCUGUUCUCAGCAGCAAUCCAGGAUUCAGCAACAAGAGACCCUCCUUACACAACUGGAAUAUGAGAAAAGAAAAUAUGAUGAGCAUAUCCAGAGCAAUAAGGAAUUGUCAGAGAAGUUGUCUGGGUUACAGCAAGAAAAGGAAGCUCUACAUGAAGAAUAUGGGCAAUUUUUGAAGCAGCUUGAUGUCCAUAUGAGAAACUACAACGAGAGACAUCACCAGCACAAAGCCAAGCUUCGAAAAGUCAAGGAUCAUUUAACUCAUGAAGUGGAACUACGAGAUGAGAGAAUUGAACAACUUGAAAGAGAAAUUGGAACACUGCAACAACAAGUGGAAAAGGAGAAGGCAUUCCAGGACCAGAUCACUACCCAAAAUGAUAUCCUGCUUCUAGAGAAAAGGAAACUUCUGGAGCAACUCACAGAACAAGAAGAAUUGAUCCACAGCAACAAAUGGAUGCUAUCUUCAAUCCAGAACAGAGUACUUUUCCUGGAUAAAGAAAAUAAACAAUUACAGGAAAAUAGUCUCCGUUUCAUGCAGCACAUUGGCCUGUUAGAGCGAAUCAUAAGGAGCAUCCAGAUUCGCAGAGGAGAGGAAACAAUUAAUGACAUUCCUGAAUUUGAAGCACUUAAUAAAAUACUGCUUUUACCAUAUUCCAGUUUUUCAGGAACAGAUUUGGUAGAGUCAGUUGCAAGUCUUCAAGAGGUUAAAGAACCUAAGUCAGAAGAAGCAAUGCCAAUCCCAAAGCCCCCUGAGUCUCUUUCCCAUUCACAAAAUUCUGAGGCUGGAUACAUAAAUGUGGCUUCUCUGAAAGAGACACACCACAUACGAGAACAAGACCGAAAGUCAGAACUAUAA